AUGUUUUUAUUUCGUAAUAAAGUUUUAUUAGAAUUUACUAUAAUAAUGAACGGAACGCCUAAGCGUCUACAAUUUUUGCCACCACAAACACGUGAUAAUUUUGUUUUGCGGAUUAUUAAAAGUUCAUUUCAUGCAAUUUUUAUUUGGAUAUUUAAUGUCUACAAUUUUACAAUGUUAUUUGUUAAAAAACAAUACAGAAAGCAACAAUUUGUUAAAUAUAGCGUUAUUCCCCUUUCACCAUUAACUGCACAAAGACUUUGUAAAUUUUUUAUUUUUAUAUUUUUAUAA